AGACCAUUUAAACGUGGGUUUGGUUUUAACCCGAAAAUAUUGUUUUGGUUAAUUUGAUUGGAUUUAAGUUAAUUAAUUGAUUAAUUGUUUUGUGUCUUAAUUUUAAUUGUUGUAUUUUUGAUAGAAUAGUGUUUAGUGCUUCUUGUGGUAGCAAACAUGCCACAAAAUAACCACAUUGAGCUUCAUAGGAAGCGUUAUGGUCGACGUCUGGAUUAUGCUGAGCGAAAGCGUAAAAAGGAGGCCCGAUCUCAUCGUGAUAUUGCCCAUAAGGCGAGAACUUUGAGGAAAUUGAAGGCCAAGAUGUUCAACAGGGAAAGAUUUAAGGAAAAGAUUCAAAUGAAGAAGACUCAAAGGAUGCACGAGAUGAAAAAAUCAAAGAAAAAGACUGAAGAAGAGGUUAAAGAAGGUGCUGUUCCAGCAUAUUUAUUGGACAGAGAAGGACAAAGCCGAGCUAAGGUACUUUCUAAUAUGAUUAAACAAAAGAGGAAAGAAAAAGCUGGUAAAUGGGAUGUUCCAAUUCCAAAAGUUAAAGCUCAAUCAGAUUCUGAAGUUUUCAAAGUAAUCAAAACUGGUAAAAGGAAAAAGAAAGCUUGGAAAAGAAUGGUAACCAAAGCUUGUUAUGUUGGUGAAGGUUUCACGCGAAAACCUCCUAAAUUUGAACGUUUUAUAAGACCAAUGGGUUUAAGAUUUAAAACAGCUCAUGUAACCCACCCUGAACUUAAGACAACUUUCCAUCUUCCAAUAAUUGGUGUUAAAAAGAAUCCAAGUUCACAAAUGUUUACCAGUUUAGGUGUUAUCACCAAAGGAACAAUAAUUGAAGUUAAUGUUUCCGAAUUGGGUUUAGUUACUCAAUCUGGUAGAGUAAUUUGGGGUAAAUAUGCCCAAGUAACUAAUCACCCUGAAAACGAUGGUUGUAUAAAUGCUGUUCUUUUGGUUUAAUUUAAAUAAAGCUACAAUUUUUCUUCUCUUUAA